GCCAUCGUUGCUCACGCAUGGGAGAAUCUCAGAAUUUCUGUGUCGCACAUAAAUAGGCUCUAUGAGAAACAUGUUGGUUUAUUAUGGUUCCCGCAUUUGGUGUUAAAACAUGGCGUCCACUCUCCUCAAGGUUGCAGUUAGCGGUCUUUCAAGAAUUAGUUGUUAUGGACUCCUGAGAGCCCAUUCGACAACAUCUUACCUCCAUCAGGGCGUCCCUGGGUCACUGUGGAAGCUCGGCAAACUGAACCAUGUUGCUAUUGCUGUCCCAGACAUGGACAAGGCCACAGCCCUGUAUCGAGACGUCCUUGGGGCCACAGUGAGUGAAAAAUUACCUCUACCAGAGCAUGGCGUCUACACAGUUUUUGUGGAGCUGGGCAACACAAAGCUGGAACUUCUCCAUCCCCUUGGGGAGAAGAGCCCAAUUUCUGGAUUCUUGCAGAAGAACAAGGCUGGUGGAAUGCACCAUAUUUGUAUUGAGGUUGAUGACAUCAAUGCUGCGAUCAAAGACCUCAAAGUAAAGAACAUCAGAACUCUUUCGGGAGAGCCACGAAUAGGAGCACAUGGGAAACCAGUGAUGUUUCUUCAUCCCAAAGACUGUGAUGGUGUGCUAGUGGAGCUGGAGGAAGCAUGACGCAGAUCAAUCACUUUGUAUGUUGAUCCUAUAAUUCCAGAGAUUCAGCCGAGGUGGACAUGCAAUUUCACAGUAGUAAACAUAAGAUGAAAGAAUAUUACCACUGACUGUUUAAAUCCAAGUUGAGCAUGAUUAUUAUUGUAAAGACUAUUUUUAUAUUAUGUUGAAAAUGUUUCGGCUGUUUUGUAUACCACUUCCCACUAGAGGGAGGCACACAAACCUCAAAGCUACACUGCUAAAAAAAAACAUUGCUUGCAGUAGACAUUUCCCAUAAUGCUUUGUACGACCACACGCAAAGCUGGGAGGAGCUUAACUUUCAAAGGAAGUACAGUAGUCUUUUUACUUCUCUUGAAACACGCCACGACAUAGCUGAAUGGUUUGCUUUGUAAUAUGAAAUGUUUUAAAUAACGUAUAAUCUGUUUUGUACAGUAUGUAAAACUUUUUCACCCAAAUAUUAUACAAAACCUCAAUAUCAAAUUGAUUUAUACAAAGAGAUUUCAUUUCGGACUUUUUGUGUAAAGUAUCCUUUUUACAUUUUAAUCUUUCAGAGUGGCUAUGUUUUAAUGAUUUCAUUCUUUCGGUGCAUUGCGCAGAUCUUUCAAUAAAUCUUUUCUUCGACUGGAACUGGGGCCUUAGUAUGGUGGAGGGAGUUUUGAACUGCUCCAAAUAUUAUUCAAUGUUGGCACAAAACUGUCAGGGGUGUGGCCAGGCCACUGCCUUGUGAGCGACUGCCUGCGGCAGUGGCUCAUCACCUCCGCCUUGUUGUACCUAAUUAUGCCGUGAAUUUAAGGCUUGUGUAUUGUAUCACCAGUUGCCAGUUUGUUGUAUGAGACUGCAUUAGUCUGCGGGAGUAUACGAGGUUCUUGUGUAUUCACCUCCUCACGGCCAGCGUUCCUGUACCACCACACCCAAGUCUUGUUAAGUCUUGUUUUUGCCUAGUAUUUAAUUGACCUUGUUCUCAUGUUUUUGGACCUUAUCUUUUGCCACGUGUUUUUGUGCCUUUGCCUUUUUUGCUUACCUGUGUAUGACCUCAGCCUGGAAUAAAAGCACCGUCAAAAUAAUGUCACUCCCACAGGGUCC